AUUUUCUGCUUCGCUUUUUUUUUCUCUCUGGCAGAGAUUCUAUCGUAUUCUUCCUCUCAAUUAAAUUUCCAUUAAAACAAACCCUCAAAUGCGCUCCUUCCCUAUCUCUAUCACACCUCCGCAUGUUCUUGUAACCAAAUGCUGCCCUUCUGUUUCAUUUCUCUAGCACUUUACCACAAUCGCCUAAAGAAUUUUUUUUUUUUAUCCUAUAUACCCCUUAUCUCAGUUUUUCCCCAACUAUUUCGAAACUCCCCUCCCAAACUAUUUCUUUUUCCAUUUGCAUUUCUUCUAUUUCUUCCUUGUUGCUCACCUUUCUUUCUUUUUUAUUUGCCCGCACUUCCCAAUUUCCAGGAUUGGUGCAGUUUCUAUUUAGGUUUUUUGAUCAUCCCACCGCCACCAUUGUUUUUCUUUUGUUACUCUCUAGGGUUUCCUUCCCCCCUUUUUCCUUUUCCUGUUUCAAAUUUUUUUUCCUAAUUUCCAGGGCCUUUUAUCCAGGUUUUGUAGAUGUUCCUAAUCGAGUAGAAAGAAAGAAAGCAAAAUACUUACAUCUUGUUGUCGUUUUACCUUGAAAUUUCAUUGGAAUAUCCCCUUCUUUUUGGCAGUAUUUGCUGAAGUUUUCAUUUUCUUACUUCAGAAAUGUUAAUACAAUCUAGUACAGUCCCUUGAUUAAUUAAAAGAACAAAGAAACUUAAAGUAACUUCGAAGUUUCUACCUUUUCAUUUUAAAAUCAGAGAUUCUCCAGGACUAUUAAAACACAAUCCAGUUCUUUCCCCAGAUGGAAUUGUUUUCUUUUUUUAAAGAAUAAAAAAAAAAAUUGUUUUUGGAUUGGUUGCAUUGUGGCGUGGCGUGGCGUUUGGGAGGGUUUAGAAAGUUGCUAGGGAAGAAAAGUGGUUUAGGAUUGCAUGGGAGAGCAUGAAGGGUGGGCAGCGCUGCAACCACCAAACGGUCUAUUGCCAAACGGUUUGUUACCGAACGAAGCAGCCUCCGUGAUUCAGAUGCUUGACCCGGAACGAUGGAUGAAGGCUGAGGAAAGAACCGCCGACCUCAUUGCCUGCAUUCAGCCCGAUGCACCCUCUGCAGGUCGCCGUAAUGACGUUGCUGAUUACGUACAGCGCCUCAUCACCAAAUGCUUCCCUUGUCAGGUGUUUACUUUUGGGUCUGUGCCCCUUAAGACCUACUUGCCUGAUGGGGAUAUUGACUUAAUGGCGUUCAGUAAGAAUCAAAAUUUGAAGGAUAUGUGGGCUCAUCAGGUUCGUGAUAUGCUGGAAAAUGAAGAAAAGAAUGAGAAUGCUGAAUUCCGAGUAAAAGAAGUUCAGUACAUUCAGGCCGAGGUGAAGAUAAUUAAGUGUCUUGUAGAAAAUAUUGUGGUAGACAUUUCAUUUAAUCAGCUUGGUGGAUUAUGUAGCCUUUGUUUCCUUGAAGAGGUUGAUAUUUUGAUAAAUCAGAACCAUUUGUUCAAGCGUAGCAUCAUACUGAUAAAAGCUUGGUGUUAUUAUGAGAGUCGUAUUUUGGGUGCUCAUCAUGGACUCGUCUCUACUUAUGCCUUGGAAACCUUGGUUCUUUACAUAUUCCAUGUUUUCAACAAGUCCUUUUCUGGACCUCUUGAGGUCCUGUAUCGUUUUCUUGAGUUCUUUAGCAAGUUUGAUUGGGAAAAUUUCUGUGUUAGCCUCUGGGGUCCGGUUCCAAUCAGCUCACUUCCAGAAAUAACAGCAGAACUUCCUCGAAAGGAUGGUGGAGAGUUGUUACUUAGCAAAUAUUUUCUUCAUACUUGUAGUUCAAGAUAUGCUGUUUGUCAAGAAAAUCAGGGCCAACCAUUUGUUUCUAAACAUUUCAAUGUGAUCGAUCCUUUGCGUAUAAAUAACAACCUUGGACGUAGUGUUAGUAAAGGCAAUUUCUUUAGGAUACGCAGUGCAUUUGCCUUUGGGGUUAAAAAGUUGGCAAGAUUACUUGAUUGUCCCAAAGAGGACCUCUUUCAUGAAGUAAAUCAAUUCUUUAUGAAUACAUGGGAAAGGCAUGGCAGCGGCCAACGCCCUGACGCGCCAAGGAAUGAUCUCUGGUGCUUGAGAUUAUCGAAGGCUGACCAAACUCAAGAAUCUAAGAAUGUCCGGAACAAUUCAAUCAGCAAAGUAAAUGAUAUUUCCUCAAGGCUUCAAACUCAAGGAUCAUGUAGUGUUUCCUCACAGCAUGUUAUUCAUCCAUCUGAAAGCACUACUAAGGUAAAUGAAAUAUCUACUGUGUCUUGUGCUCAGAGCCAAAAGGGUUAUGGUAGCAUUUGCAACUCAAAGACCUCUGAUCAGGUUAGAUGGGUUUCUAAUUCCAAUCAGAAUGUCCAUAGUAGUACAGGUCAGAAUAUUUCUAAAGCAGAGACAUUGGUGACUGAUGCUCAAGAAAGAUAUCUUUUUGCAAGGACAAGAUCUAGUCCUGAGCUUACUGAAACAUGUCGGGAAUUUACUUCUCAAGGAAGACAGAACGGAGUGCCAGAGAGUGGGAAAACCCAGAUUGCUUCCGUGAGGACAGAUAAGGAUCGGAGGAAGAAUAUGGAUUCUGAUACGGUGGCAAGCUAUAACAUUAAAUCAGCAGGGGAUACUUCUUCGUCUGUUAGGUGCACUUCAACCCGUCAAAGCAUUGAUACUGCUGCUGAGCCAAACAGUUUUCUAAAUGGUUGCCAAAAUGAUUCAGGCUUGGGAAGCACUGGUCAGGACUUCUCUUCAAUUCUGGGGGCACAAGGAAUGCAUCAAGAAAAGCAAGAUCUAGUGAACAUGAUGCCAUCUUCUGCAGUUCAUGGCUUUAAUGGUCAGGUUCCUUUUCCAUUAAAUUUAGCUGCAGGUGACUUACCUUUUCCUAUCCAUUCUCUAUCAAUGGGAUAUGAUCAGAGAAUUUUGGGCAGACUUGUUCCUACAAAUAUAGAAAUGUUUCCCCAAGGAUUGAUCUCUUGUCCUUUUGCCAAUUAUUUUUCUGGCAUUGAAUUACCCUCAAAUUCUGAGGAUCCACCUCGUGAAGUAGAACAUGAGUUACGGCAUGAACAAGACAGGGGCCCCAGUGGUGGUUUUGAUCUUGAUAAUGGAAGUUUUGAAAUACUUCAGUCAGAUGAUAAGCAACUUUCUACUUCACCUAGGGUAGGCAGCUCAGAUAAUUCUACUAAAGUACAACACAAGUUUUCUGAAGAUAUUCAAGGAUCAAGUAGGGAAGAUCAUAUAGAUGUUUGCCAAUAUCAAGAUAAUAGAGGGGGAAAUGUUUACUUUGAAGAAAGAAUUGUAAGUUCUAGACACUUAGCUGUUUCACAUGCUAGUUCAUACAGAAGUAAAACCUCAUCAGAAAGUUAUUGGGAAGGGUCAUCAGCUAAGAUCCCUAAGCCAUCUAAGGAGAAACGGGGUAGGAAAACAGCUGCUUCUGUGCUUCCUUCUGCUGCAGGUAGGAAAGGUAAGAUUGUAUCUGAGCAUUCCUCUCAGGCAGAUGAUGGCAGAGACUGGAAUUCACCAUCAAUACCUGGAACUGAAAUGGCUGAAAGAACUACUGGACCUCAGCUGGUUGGUUCUUUACCCGUUACAAAGCAUCAAAUGUCUGGAUCUGAGGCAGCUCAGACAAAUGGUUCAGAUCCACUAAUACCUGUUGCUCCAUUCCCCUUAGGUCUAGGUUCAGGGAAAAGAACUACAGAUAAUUCUGGACUGUCUACCUUAGCCUUCACAAUAACAGGGCCACCGCUUCCAUUUUUGUUUUGCCCUUUUCACAACAUUCCAGCAGACACAGGAACUCCAGAUGCAUCUAAAAGCCAUGUUAGUUGGGAUGAAGGUUCAGACAACACUGAUUCUGGUCUAAAUUUCGAAUCAUCUGAGAGACUUGAUCAGUCUGAGGUGUUAAGUACUUCUAGUUCUAUGAGAAAGGUCAUGUCCCUCGAGCCAGCGGAGCAUAAAUCUAUGUUAAGUACUUCUAGUUCUAUGAGAAAGGUCAUGUCUCUUGAGCCAGCGGAGCAUAAAUCUGACAUUCUUAAUGGUGACAUUGCUAGCCAUUGGCAAAACUUGCAGUAUGGAUGGUUUUGCCAAAGUUCACGAUUUUCUCCACCCAUGAUUUAUCCUUCACCUGUUGUGGUGCCACCCCUUUAUUUACAAGGUCAUUUCCCGUUAGAUGGUCCUGGGAGACCUCUUCCAUCUAAUCUGAGUCUUUCUCAACUUAUGAAUUAUGGACCUCGUAUUUUCCCUGUUGCUUCUUUCCAAUCUGUCUCAAGUAGACCUGCGAAUCUAUACCAAUGGUAUUUUGAUGAGAUGCCAAGAUAUCGUAGUGGUACUAGGACAUACCUGCCAAAUCCCAAAGCUUCAGUGAGAGAACGUCAUUCUGCAAAUUCAAGGAGGGGAAAACAUAAUUAUGACAGAAAUGGACAGCAGGGUGAUAGAGAAGGGAACUGGAAUGGCAAUUCAAAGUACCGAGCUGCUGGGCGUAGCGAAAGUCGCAAUCAGAAUGAAAAAUCGAAGUUCUCAUUUGACCAAUUGGCAGCUGUUGGUGGUGAAAGCAGAACUGAGAGGCCUUGUUGCUCACGUAGACAUGAUUCAUUUACAUCAUACCAGUCUCACAAUGGAUCGUCCACUCAAAACUCUUCACCAAGUAGUUCUGCUAGCCUGCCAUAUGGCAUGUGCCCGCUGCCAGCUAUGAACCUCAAUGGGGUGUCGUCUAAUGGACCUCCUAUUCCAUCUGUUGUGAUGCUGUAUCCUUAUGAUCAUAAUUCUGCUUGUGGUUCCCCUGCUGAACCGCUAGACAAUGGCUCUCUUGGAACGAUGGGUUUCUCAGGCAUGAAUGAAGUGUCACAGCUAAGCAAUGGAAGGAGCUCUGGUGGAGUAUUUGACAAGCAAAUAUUUCAUGGUACCUCUGCUCAACAAUUUUAACCAGACCAGCCUUCUUCUCCCCACCUCCAAAGGGGAUUCGAUUCUAUUGCCAGAUCAGCGGCCCAGAAGCUGGGGAUUCCCCCCACUCUCUUGCUUCAACAUUUGCGGGAAGAAUUUGAUGGUGGAGGAACCCUUUAAAGAGGAAACCCGUCCUUAACACGCUUUAUUUUGUUCUCUAUAUCACUCAUGAAAGCAACAAGUGUUUUUUCUGAUUCAUUGAUUCCCAAUGGUUUUCUCGGAAAAUGGGUCACCCAUGUUUCUUGUCUCGUGCCUUCUAUACAUAUACCAUGAACGAUGGAAAAUCUCUUGCUGAAGGUGCUCUAUUUUUUUUUUUUUAAGACAACAGAGUAACAAUGAGAAAGACUUAUAUGCAGGACUCAUAGGAUAGUUAAAAUUUAGGUUUCGACACAUUGUAACUCAAAUAGCUGCUCCUUAGAAUUCAGUCAUUUUUAUAAAUUGCAAUUACUAGGAUUUCCCUUCCCACAAAUGUAAUAGGAUUCGAUCAUUUUUUGAUUCCAUAAUUUCAUUACUAGCUUUCAUUGUACCAGUAUGUUUUCACGGUAAGAAAAAAAAAAUAGAGAAAUAACCAAUAUUUCAGAAAAAAUAAAUAAUAAAGAGCCUUUAUGGUACGUUGCGUUCAAUGUUCAAAAUCUCUCUUCUGAGGUACUUCAGUUAACUU